AUGCCUGACAACCAAAACCAGGACAUGAUCAAAAGCAGUGCAUCCACCACAGCUGUCCCAGUGACAAGUGCUACUGAAGAACCCAAUGGGCAGUUGCAGUUAAUAGGUGAAGCUUGCAUUGAAAUCGGUCCACCCCUCCCUCCUCUCAUCACUCCUCUUAAGACACCCCCAAAAGCAGGCAAACCAAUCAAUCCAAGUCAUGCCAUUGGAAAAAUUUCCUUUCCCUCCCCAAUGGAUGGAUUGGCCUCUCCUUCCACUCAAAUCCAGACAGCUGUUUCUCCCAACAGCCAAAACGUGAAUUCAGCAUUAAAUCUCAGCAGUCCUCUCACUCAAAACAGAUUACCCUCAUCACCUCUUCAGUUUGGCUCUGCAACCCCAAAACAUGCAGUGCCUGUCCCAGGUCGCCUGCCAUCUGCUGUCAAUUCCUCACCGUCCACAGCCUCUUGCCCAUCUCAGGAAAACUCUGUGAGGAUUCUGGAUAGCAUGUACCCAGACCUUUCUCCACAUGCACGCACGUUGAGCAUUCUAAGAGGGAACCUCAGUGUCAGUUCUUCAGAAAGCAACACCUCACCAACAACAACUGACAGUCAGAUGUCCAGUUUUUCAACCGUCACGUCCACCACUACCGCAUUCACCAAGACUGAGAUGAAUGGGAACAAACGACUUGCCGUAGAGUUGCCUCAACCUAAAAACAGCAAAUGUCUCAGAUUAGAUGGCAGCUCUCCGGGUGUCAGCCAAGUAGUGGAUGUUUCUGUGAUAAAUGGCAGCUCUGAUUCACCAUGUCGAACAGAAAAGCUAAAACCAACCCAAUGUAAUGAACGCGUUACAUCAAUGGAAUGUGGAGAACCUGUUGAGAAAAAUGUUAUAAACCGACUUUUGAAGAGGAUUGAACACCAGGUCUUUGAUGUGUUACCUGUCAUCCAAAGCCACAUCUAUGUUGGUAACAUGCCCACAAAGCCAGUGCUGAGAGAUGAGGAGAAAGAAGUUAUUUCUGAGAUUUCCCAGAGCAGUUUGGCAAAUGAUAUGACAUUAGCCAUCUUGAAAAAAUUUAAAACGGAAGAGCUGGACAUUGAUGGAACAUUUGCACAGGCCCUGUGCAGAGUCUACACAGCUAUCUGUCGACAGAAGCGAGACUUUGAAAAAGCUCAUGUCCUAGCUUAUAGCUUGCUAGUUGAAGAUUUUCCCAAUGUUGCCAAACUGAUUUUGUUUAUGGUGACAACAUGGCCCAGUGUUUUGUCGCAUAGCAGCCUUCUAUGCCAGGCUAUACAUACAGUCACUAAACUUAAGGCAACAGAAGAUAUCUCAAAGUGCCUUUCAGCAUACCUUGGAUGGGAGCAGAGCCCACCCUGUGGUAUUGAACUUCUAUUGUCUAGGACCCUGUCAGAGAUGCGGUCAGGGUCAGGGCUGUCUUUCUUGAAACACAGUCGAUAUGGUGAUGAUCUGGGAACGAAGGCUUGGGACCAGGUUUUCACCAUCCAUCUCCUCUGUGUACAGAAGUCAUGGAAGUGGAGCUAUGAACAUAUCUUGAGUAAAGAGUUGUGGCCGCUCAUGAACACCUGGGUGUCGCAGCCUCGAGAACAGCAAGUGCCCAUCUCUGAUGUGACAGUGGCAACCGUCCUGCGGCUAAUUGGGCUUCUCGGUCAGUGGGGAAUCAAAGAAAAGAACAUCUCUUCAGUAUUAACUGUGGCCAAUGUGAUCAAUACUUUUGGAAGGCACAGCCAGACUGAAGGUGUACCGUGGGAAGUGCAGUUAGCAGCAGCGCACUGCAUGUUUGACCUGUCACCAUGCAACCCCAAAGAAUCCCUGGAUGCACUUGCAGGAUGGCGGGCAGAAGCCGCACAAAAUGUCCCCUCUGCCAUCACAAGCUACAUUUUCCAGCUGGCCUCGAUCUGCAGAGAGGUCAAGAAAUGA